UGCUGGCAUACUUUGAAUCUGACCAAUGAAAAGCACUGAUAAUCACGCGCCACGAACGCCACACCUCCCAUGAGCCACACUUCCCAAAGUGGAAAUCCACGUGAAGCUCAUUCAUGCCGGGGCGCGUUUCGAUCUACAAUCUCUCUAUACUCAUCACCCUGCAGCUCAACAAUCUUUAAAAAGGGGGUCCUAAUGAUGAUUGUCUCUUUUGAGUCACCACUCGUUCAUAGUCUUCUGGGCGGUUCUGAUUGAGAAAACGCUCUCUAGCCGAGUUUGAUUUAUCAAACCAUGGCUGACUCGGAGACCUGCGCGAAUCCCCUGUUACUAGGAUGGAUCAAGGAAUGGUUGGAUCAGGCGCGAGAGCGUAAUAGUAAAGGGGCUACAGUAUACAAAAAAGCUUACGAAUCUAUGAAAGCAUGCCCACUGAGCUUCCAGCAUCCGUCAGAAGCGCAGCAGCUGAAUGGUCUCGGACCUAAACUUUGUGAUCGUCUCACGGAGAAUUUGAAAGCUUAUUGUCUGGAAAACGGGCUUCCGGAGCCUGAGCAUCCUCAGAAACAAUCCAGCAAAAGGAACCCUAGAGAAGCUACAGAAGAAGUGGAGUCUCAGCCUGCGAAGAGAACGCGAAAGGCGAAGCCCUAUGUGCCGUCGUUACGGUCGGGUCCAUAUGCGUUGAUCAUUGGCCUAUCGAGCCUCGAGGAGGAUUCGUCGCAGAGCCUGACCAAAGCGCAACUGAUUGAGAAGGCAGAGCCGUAUUGCGAUACCUCUUUCACGGCUCCUAGCGAUCCAACUAAGUAUUUUACUGCGUGGAGCUCGAUGAAGACCCUGAUCCAGAAGGAUCUGGUUUAUGACCAUGGGCAUCCGCUCAAGAGAUACGCUCUGACCGAGGAGGGAUGGGAGGUCGCGAAGAGAGUCCGGCAGACUCUUCCGGGUAACAGCCAGCAGAACACUAUGUCAUUGGGCGAUUCUCAGGCUACGAACGGCACCAAUGCCGAGUCCCAAGAGUCGGGAAUAUCCAUGGCCUCUCUGGAGCCUUAUGACGACAACGAAACCCAAGAUCGUGACAACGACUGGGGAGGAGACUCAGAAUACGACGGCCCCGUCACACCAAUCAACCUCCCACCAGGAAGCUUCACCGUCCAGCUGGUCCUGGACAACCGCGAAGUCCGCACAUCCAAAGACAGGGACUACAUCUCCAACGAACUAGACAAAAAGGGCAUAAUUCCAGAAGUCCGCUCCCUAGAACUAGGCGACGCAAUGUGGGUAGCCAAAUGCCACGACCCGGCAUUCCUCUCACAGCACGGCGAAGAAGGCGACGAGGUGAUGCUCGACUGGAUCGUCGAGCGCAAGCGCCUCGACGACCUCAUCGGAUCCAUCAAAGACGGCCGAUUUUACGAGCAAAAGUUCCGCCUCCGCCGCUCCGGCAUCCGAAACGUCAUCUACCUCAUCGAAGAGUUCUCCGUCUCCAACGAGACGGGCUCCAAGUACCAGGAGAUGGUCGCCUCCGCAAUUGCCUCCACCCAAGUCGUCAACGGCUACUUCGUCAAGCAGACUAAAAACCUAGACGACACCAUCCGCUACCUCACCCGCAUGACUUUCCUCCUGCGCAGCAUGUACUGCGCUCCGUCCGAAGACGAUACAACCACCACAACUACAACGACAACCACCCCGUCAACCUCCCUCAACCUCAUCCCCAGCCGCCAGCUCUCCUCCUCCCAAUCCUAUCUCGAUACCCUCGAGCGACUGCGCGCAGAAACGCCGUCGGCAACCUUCGCCGUAACCUUCCCCUCGUUUUCGGCCCUCACGUCGAAAUCAGAGAUCCUCACUCUCCGCGACGUCUACCUGAAGAUGCUCAUGUGUACGCGCGGGGUCACGGGUGAGAAGGCGCUGGAGAUUCAACGCAAGUGGCCCACCCCUCAGGCAUUUGUUAGGGCGUUCGAGGAGCUACAGCCCCAAGAUAGGGAGACGAUGGUUUCGGAGGAGCUGGAUGCGAUGGUUGGGCGGAGGAAGAUUGCUAAGGUUUUGAGUAAGAAGAUUGCGGAGGUGUGGGGGGAGGCUGGUUGAUUAUCAUUUAUGUUUUAUUGG